AUGACUGACAAGGAGCCACCACCGCCACAACUGAACCCCGCCGCCGCAAUAAACAUCCCUCCCCCGGCGGAGCAACCACAACCCCGCCACCACAAAGGCAGAACAUGCUGCUACUGCCUCUUCCGCACCUUCUGGAUCCUCCUCGCCACCAUCCUCCUCUUAGCCUGCCUCAUAAUCCUCGUGGUAUGGAUCCUCAUCCAACCCCGUUCCUACACCUUCCACGCCUCCCAAGCCAAGCUCACCGAGUUCAACUACAACUCCACCACCGCCACGCUCCGCCACAACCUCGUCGUCAACUACACCGUCCGCAACCCGAACAAGAAGCUCAAGAUAUACUUCGACGUCGUGGUGGCUCACGCGCUCUACAAGGAUGUGACGUUCGCCACGACGGACGUCACCAUGCCGUGGCGCGCGUCUUAUCUUCAAGCCACGAAGAGCACAGUUCCCAUGAGCGCUGCUUUCUCCGGGCAGCAAGUGGUGGCGGUGGAUCAUCAAGAUUACAUCUCUGAUCAGUUCGAGAAAGAGAAAAAAGAUGGAGCUUUUGUUAUUGAUACCAAGAUCAACAUCGAUAUUCGGUUCAGGUUGGGAGAUUUCCAGUUUGAGGGUCCUAGUGCCAGAGUCAAAUGUAAGCUCAAGGUUCCUCCGAGCUCUAAUGGUGAUGGGAAAACGGUUGCGGUCGUUGCAGAUGCUUUUCAUCCCACCAAGUGCGAUGUUGAUUUCUGA